GCAACCGUGCACACUUUUGAUUGUUGACGACAGCAGGUUUCUCUUCGAUCUUUUUAGUGUUGACAAUUUCUUGUUGGAAUUGUUUUCCUUUUGCACACGAUGACCAAAUUGGUUGAAUGGCUAGGAGCGGCUGGCUUAUUUGUUGGUGUCUGGGCUUAUCUCUUCAUUAGUACGCCGGUCGGACAUUCUACUGAUUUUGCAAGACACUUCGUCUUAUUCCUACCCUUUUACGCACUACUGGCAUUCGCUGUGAUAUCUGUAUCCAUAAUCGCUUGGAGAGUCUAUACUUUCAAUGACUGUGAGGAAGCUGCCAAAGAACUUAAGCAAGAGAUUGAAGAUGCAAAAGCUGAUCUUAGAAAAAAAGGAUUCAAAAUAGAAUAAUACUCUUUUCCAUUUUUGUAUUGACUGAUUGCACUUUCCUCAAAAUACACAUUCCUCAAUACCUGAAAAAUGUUUGAGGAUAGCUAAAA